CCUAAAAAUAGGGAGAAAUAAACAAUUGAAAUCAAAUGAGAAGAGGAAUUAGGGUUCCCAAUUGAACUGCCUCUCUCUAUCACUUUCUCCCCAAAUAAAAAACCCUAAAUUCACUCCUUCAACGACUCGAUUUGCGAUGCCUCGUUAAUUCCGAGGCAGAUCUGAAAUUGGGGUUUGUAGGCUUAUGAUGGGAUAUGAAAUUUGGGGGUUUUUGUGUGGAGGGUUUGAAUUGAGUUUUUUUUGAUGGAAAAUAGUUUAGUGAAGUCGACAAGUGCGGUGAUCUCGAAAGAAAGUGGGUUUGUGGAUAAUCAGGGUUCGGAUGAUGGGUGCGGGAAGGGGAAGAGUGGUGGUGUAAAUGAUGGUGGUAAGAAGGUGAGAAAGAGGAAGGGGAAAGAUAAUGUGGAAAGUAGUGGCGAGACAAAGGUGAAAAAGAGUAGGACUAGUGUCGAUAAUGGGAGCUUGGGGAAGUCGGAAUUGGGUCAGGGUAUGGAUAGAGGUGGUGGAGUGGGUGGAUUAUCAGUUGGUUUUGAUGGUGGUGGUGAUGCUGUCAGGGUUCCGAGAAAGAAACGAGGAUCUGCUGGGAGUAAGAGUCAUGUUGUGAAGCAGUCGGGAUCAUCUAGCUCGGUUGUUCAGAGUGGACAAACUAAGUCUGAUUUGAAGGAUUGUGGUGCUGUAGUACUGAGUGUACCCUUGCAUGCUAAGAAGAAGAGAGGAAAGUUGGUUGUUGAUAAAGGGAAAUCGGUUGAUCAGACUGAAGUGUUGGACUCUGACUUGAAGGAUUGUGAGACUGAUGUGCUUAGCAUACCCCAGCAUGCAAAGAAGAAGAAAAGAAAAAAGUUGAUUAGUGAUGAAGGGAACUCGGUUGAUCAGAUUGCCAAACUGGAAACAGAUUUGAAGGAUUGUACGACUGGUAUACCAAGAGUACCCCAGCAGGGCAAGAAGAGAGAACCUUUGAUUGUUAAUAAAGGAAGCUCGGCUGAUCAGACUGCCAAUCUGAACUCUGACCAGAAGGAUUGUGCGACUGCAAUACCAAGAAUACCCCAGCAUGCUAAGAAGAGAAGAGAACCGUUGGUUGUUGAUAAAGGAAGCUCAGUUGAUCAAACUGUCAAUUCGAACCCUGAUCGGAAGGAUACUACCGUAGAUAAACUGAAUAUACGUGAUGCUGAUGAAAAGAGAAUAGAACAGUUGAUUAUUGAUCGAGGAGACUUGGUUGAUCAGACUGCCAUGCUGAACACUGAUUUUAAGGAUUGUGCAACUGCUUUACCGAGUACACCGCAGCAUGCUAAGAAGAGAAGAAAAAAGGUUAUUACUGAUGAAGGAAAAGUCGCUGAUGCAUCUUCUAAAAAAGAGCAGAAACAUGGGAAGAAAAGAAAGGGCCUGCCGUUGGAUAGUUUAGAAUUUGCAGAUAAAGCUCAACCUGCAGUUGGCCACACAGAAAGUACUUCUGAAGAUUCCACAGAUAAUGAGGAAAAUCUCGAGAAAAAUGCAGCCAUGAUGCUUUCAUCUCGAUUCGAUCCUCGGUGCACUGGGCCUUCUUGCAAAAGCAAAUCUUCCUUAAGUCAUUCUGGUGGAGACACUGGUAGUCACGCAGAGAACAUGCAAGCUAGUUCGGAUUGCCCUUCUCCUGAUACUGCUAGCAGAUUACUGAGACCAAGGUAUAACCACAAAGAGAAAGGACGUCCUCGCAAGCGACGCCAUUUCUAUGAAGUUGUGUAUAUGGACAAAGAUCCUAGGUGGUUUUUAAACAAAAGGAUCAAGGUGUUUUGGCCAUUGGACGAGAGGUGGUAUCAUGGGCUUGUCAAUGAUUAUGAUGAAGAGAGGAAACUUCAUCAUGUGAAAUAUGAUGACAAGGAUAAAGAAUGGAUUAGCCUUCAAAAUGAGAGGUUCAUGCUCUUGCUUCUGCGUAGUGAAGUUACAGAUGCGGGAAAGCCACUACCGUCUUGUGCUGAGGAUAAAAUAAUUGACGAGACCAGAAAAGAUCUAAGUAUGAGUGUAAAAGACACCAACGCCUUAAGUCAUCUGGAGUCGGAGCCUAUUAUAUCAUGGUUGGCUGGUUCCAAUCGAGCUAAAUCUUUGACCGGUGUAAAAAAGCAGAAAACGUUCCAUCCGUCCCCCAGUGACUCAUCGCCAUCAUCUAAAAAUGUCACAAAUGCACAGCGCAAUAGUAAUGUAUGUUUGUUGGAAAAACAAACAAGUGGAGUACGCUAUUCUGAUUCUGUGGAUAGAUUAGCUGUGGAGGCAGAUGGUGGGGAAGUGAUGUCAAAGCAUCGUACUAGCUCAAAAGAGAAUGGCUUACCCACUGUUUACUUCAGGAGACGGUUUCACAAGAAAAAAGAUGCAUUUAUUUCUAUGUCAGUGAAUAACAAUGUGCAGAGAAAUUUACCUACAGAGGAUGGGUUGCUGACUGUUGCGGAUAGGUUCUCCACUUCAGAUAAGGAAAAUGUUCUUUUAGAUAGCGUCAACCCGAGCAAGAUGAUGUUGUUGAUAGGUAGUGAUGGCAUGUCUAAGCUGAACCUGGCUUUGAUACCAUUUAAAAAAUUUGUGUCUCAAGUAAGAUUACCAGUCCGAUUUCUCCUUGAUUUCCCAUUUGGUUCUGAGAUGUCCAGAUAUUUCCGACUCUCAUUAUUGCAGCAAUAUGGCGCAAUAGUUAGUACAUGGCCCACAGUUUAUUUUGAGAUGCUUUUUGUUGACAAUGAAGUUGGUUUGAGGUUUUUCCUCCUUGAAGGUUGCCUGAAGCAGGCUGUUGCCUUUCUUUUCAUUGUUCUUAGUAUGUUUUUUGACACAAAGAAACCGAGGGAGUCUGUUGAUUUGCAAAUUCCAGUAACGUCAAUAAGAUUUAAACUCUCAUGCACACAAGAUCUUAGGAAGCAGCAUAUUUUUUCAUUCUACAGCUUCUCCAAAUUAAAACAUUCUAGCUGGUUGCACCUAGAUUCCAUUUUGCAGAAGAAAUGUUUAUUUUCUAAGAAACUUCCUCUUCCUGAAUGCACUCUGGAGAACAUCCAAGCGUUUGAAAGUGGGAGCAAGCAGAUACACAUAAAUUCUGUUAGCUGGCAAUCCUCCUUUCAGGGUACUAGAAGAAAAUCUUUCCAGGAUAUAAUACCCAUCGGUCUUUCUAAAACUGGCAAGGAAAAUAGGAGCCAGCCUCCUUGCUGUAAUGUGAUGCAUGGGAUUCUACCACUCGCUCUUUCUUUUAGUGCUGCACCGCUUGUAUUCCGUAGCCUUCAUCUAAGCCUGCUGAUGAAAAGUAGUAUAGCAUGUGUGCGUCUUAGGGAGUGUACACUUGCUUGUUCCUUGGAUCAUGUAGAAAACACUUCAAAGUCAACAACCAAUGAUUGUGCUGUAGCCAAACAUGGUUCUGAGAUCUUCCCGGUGGUCCCUGAAAGUACUCCAGGAAUUUUCUUGUUAGAUGAGGGGCAUUCUGGAUGUUUAUCACAUACCAAAGGCCAGAUAGAAACUCAUCCUUUGACUGGUAGCAUGAACUGUGGCACAACUAUGUCAUCUCUACAUUACAAAGAUAAAGGUUCAGAUGCUGAUGGAACAUUUAAUUGCUCCAAUGACGGUGGAUGUAUAAGUACUAAUGUUAUUGCCCACUCCCUGAAUAGGGAAAGUCACAAUCCAGAACCAGAGAGGCUGUUGACACUGAAAAAUAGGAUGUCAUAUAAAGAUCCGGGCUCAGGUAUUUCUAGGGAGAGUGAUUCUCUUAAUUUGGAUAGCAUGCGUGUUGAAAUCCCGGAGAUUGAUUCAGCAAAGAGCAGCAUUCUUGGUAAAUCGCCUGGUGUAUCGAGGGUUUCUGAUUAUAUUUCUGCUACGAGCGAUGGAAUAAUUACGAGCCCCAACACUUUUAGUCCCACAAAUUUUUGGACUCCCAACACAAGAAACUUGAAUUCCUCGCCUCUUGGAGAAAUCUCUCCUGCUUGGCAUGGUGAGAGAAUAAAUGUUGUUCACAGUGGCUUUGGCACUGGACCCAGGAAACCACGAACUCAGGUCCAUUAUGCUAUGCCUUUUGCUGGUUCAGAAUUUAGUCCGAGACAUAAACCUCUAAAUCAGAAUGGGCAUCCUUUCCGGCGAGUUAGGCGAGCCAGUGAAAAGAGGACAUAUGAUGACACUAAAGGUUCCCAGAGAAACUUGGAGUUAUUAGCAUGUGAUUCAAAUGUUCUAAUAACUCUUGGGGAUCGAUGCUGGAGAGAAUAUGGGGCUCGUGUUACCCUAGAAGUUGCAGAUCAAAAUGAGUGGAGACUUGCUGUCAAGUUUUCUGGAAGUACAAGGUAUUCGCACAAAGUACUUCAUGUCUUCCAACCUGGGUCAACAAACCGUUACACACAUGCCAUGAUGUGGAAAGGAGGAAAAGACUGGGCCUUGGAAUUCCCUGACAGGGGUCAAUGGAUGCUGUUUAAGGAAAUGCAUGAGGAGUGUUAUAACCGCAACAUUCGUGCAGCUUCUGUGAAAAACAUUCCUAUACCUGGUGUACAUUUAGUGGAGGAGUGUGAAGCUAAUAUGGAAAAACUUCCAUUUACUCGUUCUCCCAGGUACUUCCGGCAGAUUGAGGAUGAUAUUGACAUGGCUAUGAAUCCAUCAAAGAUCUUAUAUGACAUGGAUAGUGAAGAUGAGCAAUGGAUCGAUUUUCAAACCCAGGAAACUUGUCAUGUGGCAAUUACUGAUGAUCUUUUUGAAAAAACUAUGGAUACAUUAGAGAAGGUUGCCUAUGCUCAACGACGUGAUGACUUUACCGUUGCUGAAUUAGAAAAGCUCAUGGUUGGGGUUGUGCCGGGUGAAGUAAUAAAUGCCAUCUUCCAACAUUGGCAGCAAAAGCGGAAGAAAACUGGGUAUCCAUUGAUAAGGCAGCUGCAGCCUCCAUCUUGGGAAAGGUACCAACAGAAAUUGCAAGAAUGGAAUCAACUAGUGAGCAAAGCCAACACUGCCGCUGCUCGUGGAGGUAAGGUGAAGAAACCACCACCUGUGGAAAAACCAGCCAUGUUCGCUUUCUGUCUAAAGCCACGUGGUUUGGAAGUGCCUAAUAAGGGUUCGAAACAUAGAUCACAGAAGAAAAUUCACAUUGCCCAUGCUAUCAUUGGGGAUCAAGAUAGUGGUCAUACUUUUGGAAGAAGAUCAAAUUCAUUCGCAUUUCGAGAUGAGAAAGCUACGUAUCCUGACUAUAGUCCUGAAAAUUCAGAUACUUCCCCUUCAAUGAGGAUUUACUCGCCAAGUGAUGUUUGCAGCCAUGAAUAUGUUUCGCCGAACAAUGGCGCACCUGACUAUGAUAAUCACCCCAAACUUUACAAAAACAAGUCAAAAAAGAUUGGGGCAAUAAUGCCUCGUAGCAAUUUGCAUGCAUCGCCUUCAUACAACCAUAGAACACCUGGAAAGAGAAAUGGGGUGCAGCGGCGUGACAUUGAGUUCCCGGAUCGGCCAAUUCAAAUGCAUUACCAGUCGGAGGUGUACCCAGGGACAGGGAAUAUGCAGUUUGGUGUGCGAGAUCUUGAUGAGCUUGGUGUGCGUGAGGCAUCAAAUGCAGCCAAGCGUGUGUCUCAUUUUGCAAGAUUUAAAAGGGAAAAAGCGCAGAGAUUGCUUUAUAGAGCAGACCUUGCUAGAAGUAGGGCAGCGUCUGCUAUUAUUACUGCUGAAGCACUGAAAACCUCUUAUAGCCUGAAUGAAGGUAAAAAUGAGAGCUUAUCUGAAUGAAAUUUAGUCACUCUCUUCAGCUUCGUAGUCUGAUCAAUGGAGUCGUAUAAAUACCCGACUCGGUUUGGAGUUUGAACAGUCGAUAGUAUCUUUCCUCUAACCUCAGCCUUUCUGAGACGAUGGGUUUAAGAUGUCAGUUUGGUUGCUGCUUCUGCCUUAAGCCAGACCAAAUUCUUAACUAACCAGUUUCAAAUAUCAAGGCAUUUUUGGUACAUAAAAUACUAAUCCCGUCACUAGUUUCAUUUCAUUAAAAUCUGCAGGUUUUUCCUGUUGAGAUGGUUGUAUGUAUGGUUUGUAUAGUAUUCUUCUGACCCCGGUUUUAGACUCCGGUUUUAUGUGGCUGGCUAACUUCUUAACCGUCUUAGUAUAUGUUUGAUAUGCUGAAAUAAUUUUUUACAUCUCUGGGAACCUUUUUUCUUU